AAACGAAUGACGGCUCACUACACCACGCGAAGACGAAUAACGGCUCACUUGACCGCAGUUAUUAACUGUACCAGUGCUGCUGCUGUUAUUACAAGGAAAGUAGUAGGAGGAGAUGAUCUUUGCUGGGAGGUUCCAGGAGGUGCCAGUUUCGGUUUUUUUCGUUUUUUUCUUUCUUUCCUGGAUCAGAAAAUAUAUGACGCCAGCAGUCAUUAGAGCCUCCGGCUGCUCUUGCUUCACCGGACACUGAGCUCAGAGUUAAUUUGUUAGAUAUGUUAGUUGUUUGUUUGUCUCCCAAAUAAACAGGGAUGUUGAAGUAAGGCUUCAAAUGAACCAGGAACGCUGCUGUUGAACGGUGGGUGCCUGCAUGGAUACACCCUGUAGUUUUAAUCUUUUCUUACUUUAAGUUGUUACGUUGGGUUUUCUACUCAACAGCAGGUUGCAUUCAGUUGUCUUUUGUCGACUAAACGUUGUGUUAUUCUGGCAGAGAGGAUGUUUUUAUCAGUCUGUUUUUCCUGUAGUUUGUACAGUAGGUAGGGCUUAAAGUUCAGACUACAUAUGUGAGAAGAAAACUAGGUAAAAAACCUGAUUGGCUGGACACAUUGUCUACUUUUGAGGGGUUUAUUUUCCUAUUGACUGAAGUGGACACUGGGUUAGUAGAUUUAUUUUUUCCUCCUGGAUGUGAAACCCUGAGCCAUGCUGCUGCUGCUGCUGCUGCUCUGUCUACAAACAUCUCUGCAAGAACAGACUCCUCCUCCAGGUCGCUGUGAUAUUUCACAGAGGAUGGACGUUUACACCUCCUGCACCUCCUGUGCCGCUGUCACCACCAGCAGUUGCCCCCAUGGUUUCAGCAGUGUGGGCACCACCAACUGCAGUUAUGUGGUGCAGAUCGGCGGCAGGGAGAUAGGGCUGAAUGGAUGUCAGCGCAGCUGUGUGAAGGGGUUCAUGGAGCCAGUUUGCUGCCCACAGCACUGGGGCCCGCUGUGUCUCCCAUGUCCCAGCUGGUCAGGGAAAACCUGUAACUUCCAUGGAACCUGUCAGGAUGGAGGCACCGGCAAUGGGACCUGUAUCUGUGACGAUGGCUUCUCCGGCUUUGCAUGUCAGGAGUGUAAGAAUCCGAAUGCUUUUGGAGACAAGUGUGAUAAAGAGUGUGAUUGUCUGCAUGGAGUGUGUAAUAAAGGUCCAGAGGGCGAUGGACAGUGUUUGUGUCAGCCACCGUACAGUGGAAAGAACUGUGACCAAGUGAGCACUAGGUGCAGUAACUGUCAGCCCUACUCCUACUGCGAAGGAGAAGGAGACAGCGCCAACUGCGAAUGUUUGCCCGGACACAGGAAGACGCCACAGGGCAAAUGCGGAAGCAUUUGUUCAGCAAGGGAUUGUGACAUCAAUGCCCAGUGCUCCUCACAGGGUUCAAAGGUCAACUGUGUGUGUAAGCCUGAUUACCAGGGUGAUGGCAGGAUCUGCAUACCCAAAAACCCUUGUUCUGAGAACAAUGGAGGGUGUCCCAUCAACUCCACCAUUUGUGUCUUCAAAGGACCCAAUAAGUCCAGCUGUGACUGUAUGUUUGGCAUGUCCCCUAUUGGUGGCAAUCCUGAAUCUGGCUGUGAACUGGUUUCUGCUUGUGCAGCAGACACUUGUGACCCCACGGCUACCUGCAGGAGUGGAGUAGAUGGACAUCCCAGGUGUGAGUGUGAGACAGGUGAGAUCGGUGACGGCCGGCGUUGCUACGGUAACCUGAUGGCACGACUUAAAGAGCUUGGCAGGAGUGGAAGCCAAAGAGAAAAUCUGACGGAAGCUGUUGUGCUGUUUGAGAGAGGCUGUCCACUGCUGCUGAGUCACAAUGGACCUUUCACAGCUUUCAUCCCCCUAAUGAAAACACCUUUAACUGGUGUGAACGAGGAGCUGGUUUGUAAAAGUCACCUGAUCCUGGGUCAGCAUCUCUACAAGGAUCUGGAGGGACAAGACAUUAACAUGUAUGGAGGAGCCAAGUGGAGGAGCAAAGGCAACAAGAAGUUCAUCCUGAUUGAUAAUCCCAGCAGACUGUACACUGUUGUCCAAGAAGACCUGCCAGCAGCAAAUGGGAUCAUCCAUAUCAUCGACCAGCCAAUCACAAACACUCUUUCUGAUACGAGUUCUUAUGAUUACCAGUUUGCUGAUAAAACAAUUGGAGAAAUUCUGACAAAGAAUGGAAAAUAUAACCGCUUCCUGUCCCUGGUUGAUAACUGUGGGUCACCCCCUCCUCUCAGAGGUCCUGGACCCCUGACUGUGUUUGUUCCCACCAAUGAAGCCGUGGACCGAUCCAGAGACGGCAGCAUCCUUUAUAUGCUCAAUGAUGCCAAACAUAAACUUCAGGAACUCCUCAGGCACCAUGUUUUUUCACAGACUAUGCUUACCGUUGACGAUUUGGCUGCACUUCCUAAGAUUGUGACAAUGGCUAAUCAGAUCAUCACUAUUACUGUGUCUGAUGAUGGUCAGAUCCUGUUGGGGGAAAAGGGCAUCCAUCUAGUGACCACCAACAUUAUGGCAUCCAAUGGGAUAAUUCAUAUGAUUGACGGGCUGCUGUACCCGCCAUCCAUCCUCCCCGUCCUGCCUCAUCGAUGUGACAUCAUUGAGAGCAGAAUUAUUAUGGGUCCCUGUAUUCACUGCAGUUACCUCUAUGAGACCCAAUGUCCAGAAGGCAGCACUAAAAUGGCAAGUCACCAAAUUGGCUGUGAUUACGUCGCAUCUCCUCUGAAUCCAACACUUCAAAAAGGCUGUGCCUUACACUGUAACACCACCAAGCAGACUGCAGAGUGUUGUAAAGGAUUUUUUGGCCCAGACUGUAAACCCUGUAUUGGAGGAUUUCAAAAUCCCUGCUACGACAAAGGAACGUGCUUUGAUGGUAUCCAAGGCAAUGGUUCAUGCAGCUGUCAAUCAAAUUUCAAAGGUAUCGCCUGCCACAUCUGUUCAGAUCCAAGCAAGUAUGGAGAGAACUGUGACGAAGAGUGUCGGUGUGUCCAUGGUGUGUGUGAUAACCGCCCUGGCUCUAGUGGUGUGUGUCGCAGAGGAUCUUGUCUAGAGGGAUACUCUGGAGAGAACUGUGACAAGACGGCCACACCCUGCAACUCUGAUGGUCUGCAGGAACACUGUCACAUCCAUGCAUACUGUACACACACAGGACUACAUACCACGUGUGUUUGUCGGGAUGGAUAUGAUGGUAAUGGUCACUCCUGUUCACCGAUCAACCCUUGCCUGAAAAGCAACCGAGGAGGCUGCGACACCAACGCAGAGUGUGUGUAUGUGGGUCCAGGCAAUGUUUCGUGUAUAUGUAUCGAGGGAUGGACAGGUGACGGCAAAGUAUGUGUUGAGAUUAACAACUGUCAGUUGGAGAGUCGAGGAGGCUGCAGCCCCAACGCUCAGUGUACUCACAUCGGACCCGGACAGAGUGAGUGUGUCUGUAAAACAGGUUACAUGGGAAAUGGUAUUUUGUGUGACCUGAUCAAUCCCUGCCUGGAAAACAGAGGAGACUGCAGCCCCAAUGCUGACUGUAACAACAUAGCACUCGGACAGAGUCGGUGUGUCUGUAAAACAGGAUACAAAGGAGAUGGGACUGUGUGUGAGCCGGUCAACCCCUGCAUUAAAAACAACUGCCAUGAACUGGCAAAGUGUGAGACAACAAGAUGUGUCUGUCCUGAUGGCUAUGGAGGAAAUGGAACCAUCUGCUAUGGAUCAUUACUGGAGGAAAUGGACAUGAACAAAAAAGUGAUCAUUUUCUCCUUACUGAGUCAGCAUAGUGAUCUCUCUGUGGACCUGAAUGGGAACCUGACAUUGUUGGCUCCAUCAAACCGUGCUAUGAGGAGCAUGAGUCCAGAUCAGACUUUGUUUUGGACCAGCCGACACCAUCUGCCUCACUUCCUGCGGGCUCACAUUUUACGGGGGAUUUACUCUGGAGAGGAUCUGGCCACACUGGCGGGCAGCAGGCUGCCCACCCUCAAUCCACUCACCUAUCUGGAGAUCAGGAACAGCAGUGGGGUGAUCCACAUUGGAAAUGCUUCCAUUGACAUACACAACCUACCGGCAACCAAUGGCUAUAUUCAUAUCAUAGACCAGAUUCUGGCCCCACCUGUCUCUGUCCUCCCCCCUGAGCCGCCCACACUGAUGGCCUUUCUGAACUCCUCUUCCAACUUCAUUCUCUUCAGAGAGUACGCUCUGAUGUACAACCUGUCACAGAAUGUGGGUCCGGUUGAUUUUACCCUGUUGUUACCAACAGACAACGCCAUCAGGCAGCACCUCAACAGGACUAACUCCCCCAUCCUGGAAUCUGAUGUGUUCAAGUACCAUGUGAUUCCAAAUGAGCUGAUUUUUCUCGACCACCUGUCAGAUGGCACAUUAAAAAGCACUCUGCUGGGCAAAGAUUAUCAGGUCCAGUUCCACUUUAACGAAAAGAAUCAGACAGUUGUGAACGACGUUCCUCUUGAAGGCAGUUUUACUGAGACACAGUAUGGUGUCCUCAUAGUCCUCAAUCAGGUCCUUAGACCUCGCCGCAACAGAUGCAGUAGACUGGUGACAUUGCAGGCCAAUGGACUUUGUACUGACUGCGAUGGACCACCUCAGUGUUUAUAUUCAAAGAACAAACCAAUCAAAAAUACAUUUCCAACCAACAUGCGGCCCAACUGUAAAUACAGGAAGAGGGUUGGUUUGAGAAGAAAGAUGGUUGAAGGAUGCACCAUCACAUGUCUUCAGAUUACCACGGAUCAAUCCUGUUGCCCAGGUUACUUUGGCCACGAGUGCUUUAAAUGCCCUGGAGAUGUCGGCAGCUGGUGCUCCAAUCACGGGGAGUGUCAAGAUGGUAACCAUGGCAAUGGGGAGUGCCGUUGCUAUGAGGGUUUCCAUGGCACCGCAUGUGAGGACUGUGAGCCGGGAAGAUUCGGAGUCAACUGCUCCUCCAAGUGUGUCUGUGACCAUGGGAAGUGUGAGGACGGUCUGGCAGGAAGUGGCAGGUGUGUGUGUUAUAAAGGUUGGAAAGGAGUGUCCUGCUCUUUCGAGAUCAAGGACGACGCGUGUGGUGGUGUGUGUGAUGAGAAUGCCAACUGUGUAACGGGGCCAAAAGGCACAGCUGCUGCUUGUGUGUGUGCAGCUGGAUAUGAAGGCAAUGGAACCCACUGCAAAGAGCUGGAUUUGUGCAGCAGGUCUAAUGGUGGAUGCUCACAGCUUGCUGUCUGUAUGCAAAUAUCAGCAGGAGAGAGGACCUGUACCUGUAGAAAGGACUACACUGGAGAUGGUGUCAUCUGUCUUGAGAUAGAUGGCUGUCUGGUCAACAAUGGAGGCUGCCACAAGUCUGCAGACUGCAUCAGAGCAGGCCCCAACAUUACAUCCUGCAUGUGUCAGAUGGGCUUUCAAGGUUCAGGAAGAUUCUGUUAUCCUGCCAACCCCUGCAGAUUUAAUAACGGUGGCUGCAGUAAGUAUGCUAGGUGUGAGUACAGGGGUCAGGGCCAAAAGAACUGCACCUGCUUCAGCGGCCACAUCGGUGAUGGCUAUGAUUGCAGGGGACAGGUCUACCAAGAAGUGUCCCGACAGACAGAGAACCAAUUCCUCCAAAUAAUGUUGCAGCUAUCGCAAACUAAUAUUCAAUUUGGUGAUGGACCAUUGACUGUCUUUGUUCCUGUAUCAGAAACCAACAACAUGUCCACUGUUUAUGAAUGGAGGUCAUCUGGUCGUCUCAAUGACCUGGUCUUUAACCAUAUUGUCUCCUGUGAGCGUUUGUCCUUUAAUGAUCUAAAAACAGCUGGGAGUGCUGUUUCCUUGUUGGGACACAUGCUGCACUUCAGCUUUCAACAGGGUUCAGUCUGGGUCAACAACCGAUCAAGGAUUGUGAAGAGUGAUUAUACAGCAUCCAAUGGAUUCAUUCACCACAUUGACACACUAUUGACACCCUACAGGCUGCAGGACAGACCACGCCUCAAUUCUGACAGGAUGAACUUCACAUCAGCAGCUACGUUUUAUGGCUACAGCCGCUUCUACAAACUCUUGGAGGAUGCAGGGUUACUCCCUAUGGUCCAGAUGCCCAUCCACCAGCCGUUCACCAUGUUCUGGCCCACAGACGCAGCCAUUGACUCCCUGCCUGCUGAAAGACAGCGUUGGCUCUCUAGCCCUGACCAUCAAGAACAACUGGCUUCUACAGUGAAGGCUCAUAUAAUACGCAACACAAGGGUGAUGGGUGUCAGUAAGCCAAGUACUUUCAGGACAUCCCGCACCAUGCACGGAUCCACCCUCACGUACAGUUGUGACAAGGCCUUGGUGGGGGCUAUCGUGAUUAAUGACAAUGCAGCCAAGGUUGUGGAGCGCUACAUGAACUUCAAAGAGGGCAUGGCUUAUGGCAUCGACCAAUUGCUGGAGCCACCUGGCCUGGGAGCACACUGUGACGGCAUCGAAAACAAAACAACAAAUGGGCGCUGUGGAAAUUGCCCCGUCCCUCCAGCAUGCUCCUCUCGUCACGUUGACACGGGGACGACAGUGCCUUGUACGAAAUAUCGCUCCAGAAGCUACCCUCGUUGGGGUCUUUCGAGUCGCUUUGACAGAAUGGGGUGCAAGAGAGUAUGUCUAUUUCCUUCCUGGACCCAGAAGUGCUGCAAAAACCACUACAGCCGAGACUGUCAUGUCUGUCCAGGUGGUGUGGAGGCGCCCUGUAGCAACCACGGGACCUGUUAUGAUGGUCGGGAAGGUUCAGGAAGCUGCAGGUGCUUCACAGGCUUUAGAGGAACUGCUUGUGAUCGGUGUGACACUGGCUUCUAUGGAACAAACUGCACAGUCUGUGGCUGUGGGAAGAAGGGAAGGUGUGAUGAUGGCAUUGACGGCUCUGGACAGUGCGUGUGUAAUCUGGGCUGGGAGGGCAAUCACUGCCAGAAUAAAAUUGGCUCGAUCCCAAAGGAGUGCCGGCAGUGCCAUGCACAGGCGGACUGUGUGCAAGGUGUUGGGUGUGUGUGCAAAACUGGGUUUCAGGGAAAUGGCACAUUCUGCAGUCCAGUGCCACCUCCAGACCUCUGCGCUGAGUAUAACGGCGGCUGUGACCAGAACGCAGACUGUAACCAGACUGGAAUGGUUGUCAACUGCACCUGUCACAGUGAUUACAAAGGAGACGGUUACUCCUGCGAGCCCAUCAACAGGUGUGUCGAGGAGCCAAAUGGUGGCUGCAGUGACUUUGCCUCCUGCAAGUUCACCGGUCCAAAUGAGCAUGAGUGUGAGUGCCUGCCGGGGUACGUGGGUAAUGGGGUCCAGUGUUUAGAGAAGUUGGUGCCACCUGUUGAUCGUUGCCUGGAAAGCAAUGGAGAUUGCGACCCAGUGGCUAUCUGCAAGGACCUCCAUUAUCAUGCCAAAACAGCUGGAGUGUUCCACCUGCGCUCUACAGAGGGAAAGUACAAGAUGAACUACAGUCAAGCCAAUGCCGCCUGCCAGGCUGAGGGUGCCACACUGGUCACUUUUAAACAACUGGGAGACGCACAGCAGCUGGGGAUGCAUCUGUGCGCGGCUGGCUGGAUCGAGGGAGGGAGGGUGGGUUACCCGACACGCUUCCCUUCAGUCAAAUGUGGAGACAACCACGUGGGUCUGGUUAUGUACAAAGAACCCGUGGACCAGAGCAGCAAGUAUGACACCUACUGCUACAGGCUCACAGAUGUGUCGUGUACGUGUCCUGCUGGUUAUGUUGGAGACGGGGACUUCUGUAACGGUGUUCUGACAGAUGUCCUUGCAACGUAUAGUAACUUCUCCAUCUUUUACAAGUUGCUGUUGGAUUAUAGUGACUCAACCUCGGACGGCCAAAAGCUUGUUGAAUUUCUGUCUCACAGGACGUCUGAGGUCACGCUGUUUGUUCCACAUAAUGCUGGCUUCGCCCCUCACCAGACGCUGUCUGGUCGGGAUCUAGAGUAUCACAUUUCAUCCAAUCACAGCAGACAUCUUUUCAAGGAUCUGAGACAUAAAGAAGCAAUCGCAUCGAGGCUUGGGUUCAACCUGACUGUGACCCAUGGCAACAACGAGAGCUUUAAAUUGGUGAACAAGCAGCUGCUGUUGGACUGGGACAUUCCUGCCAUAAACGGGAUUAUUCAUGUCAUUGAGGGCCCACUGACUGCACCCCCGCCACCAAUCUCCCAUGAUGCUUCCAGAGGCCACGCCCACUCCAGUGGCACAGCAGCAGCCAUCUUGGUGUCGACAUUGCUGGCAUGUGUGUUGGGUGCACUUGGCUAUUACGUCUUUAAACACAAGACCGAUGCCUUCCGCUUCCACUACUUCAGAAAUGAGGAUGAAAAUGGUGCAGCAGGCAGCAGAACCAAACCCACUCUGGUCUCAAUCCCCAAUCCUUUGUACAGUGGCUCCAGGGCCUUCAGGGAGCCAUUUGGGGAUAAUAGUCAGGGGGUGGAGUCAACACAACCAGAAGAAUCUCCAAACAUUCUGGAUCUGGACCAGUAAAACCAGCUGUAACUCAACAACUGGAUCUGUUUACAAAUCACAAUGACCUAUUGGCAAUAUCAUUGUUCAGCUUUUUGCAGUUAACCUACAGUAUGUCCAAAUAAGAAAUAAAAGUUGUCUGUUUACUUAACCCAGUAAGGAAACUCAAAUCAAUUUGUAUUGAUGAAAUCAUUCUGUGUAAUGUGAAAUAUCCAGCUGUGAGUCCACCAAAGAAAUAUCACCAACUCUGCAGCUCUCUGAUGAUUUUCAGGCUCUUUUAGAUCCUCGUUUUUUUGUAUGGUCCCAUCUCAGCUUGCACCUGUUUUCGGAGAAGUGGCUUUUCCACAAAAGCCCUCUAUGCACUACCUGUUUAGCAGUAAACCGACACAGAGAUUAUAUGAAUAAAGGCAAUCUUUUCACAGCUAA